CGAGAAAGAGACAACAGCUUUAGUGUUAGUUCGCGAUUUGAAAAGUUAUUAACAAUGAAAUUGUGAAUGUUUUUUAUGAUUUUUACGCUCUAAAGUAAUUAAAAACGUCCCCACAUCAAGCGACAAGGUGGUGGAGGAGUUGCCGGAUAAGAGGUAUUGGUGGCGUGGCUAGUUUGCAGGCUGCUGCCCGGGAGUGUUAAUUUUUUUUGUUGUUUAUAAAUUGUAGGCAAAAAGAACUAGCCACAAUUAAAUAAAAAAUAAUUGGAGUGUCAAGGCAGACGACAAAGGAAUAUGCAUAAAUAUGUGAAAAACAAAGACUAUAUUCCCAUAUAGUUACUUAUACAUACAUAUAUAUACACCUAUAUCUUCUACAGACGUGAUGAUUUUCCGCAUAUGAAUACAUAUACUAUAAAGUAGAUCGAAAACUAAAAGCAAACGCUAACACGAACACACACAAGCACACAUGCGCAUAUUUAUACAUAAAUCAAGUGAAAUUAAAAUAAGAAGAUUGUGUACAUAUAUAGUGCGCGAGACGUCAAAAUAAUACUAGGCAAAGGCGGCAGAGCGAAGAAAACAAAAGGGAACAACCAAGCGCGUUUUCCUUCUUUUCAUUUCGUUUUUUCUUUUGUGUCGUCGUCGCUGUCGGCGGGGAAACACCAUGUCGACACGUUCUAGCGGCACUGUAGCCGCCUCUCCCAUUCCAUCGACAUCGACAGGUGGCGAUGUGCCACGCCCACCGCCCCGUCGUCGUGCCGCCUCUGUUGCAGGACAACAGCAGCCGCGUUCAGAUUAUGGAAAUGGACAUACGCCCCGCCGUUCCCUGGCUGCAGUGAAUGAUUCUGGAGACUCGUGUCAUUUACGGAUUGUUGUGCUCAGUGGUCAAUCAUUGGCCAAAAAGGAUAUAUUUGGCGCCAGUGAUCCAUAUGUCAGAAUCGAUUUGAAUACAAUUAAUGGUGAUAUAAAUAUUGACUCGGUCUUAACUAAAACAAAAAAGAAGACACUGAAUCCAACCUGGACCGAAGAAUUCAUAUUCAGAGUUAAGCCGUCUGAACAUAAACUUGUGUUUCAAGUAUUUGACGAGAAUCGUCUGACACGCGAUGACUUUCUGGGCAUGGUUGAGCUGACAUUGGUGAAUUUACCCACAGAGCAAGAAGGACGAACCAUUGGAGAUCAGAGCUAUACGCUGCGUCCGCGCAGGUCAGUAGGCGCCAAAUCACGCAUCAAAGGCACUCUGAGGAUCUAUCAUGCUUUUAUACGCGAAACACGCGAACAGAGCAGCGAACCCUCGAGCAACAAUAGCGAUGGCGAAUGGGAGCAUGUGGAGGCCAGCAAUUCGGCAGAGACAACAGCACAGCCGCAUCCCUUUCCUACUGGCGGACAUGAUGCAUUGCCAGCUGGCUGGGAGGAACGACAAGACGCCAAUGGACGCACUUACUAUGUAAAUCACACAGCACGCACCACACAAUGGGAGAGACCAACUAUCUUGACCACCAACAACAGCCAUGCCGCUGAUCAAUUGGCCUCUGAUUUCCAAAGACGUUUUCACAUUAGUGUGGAUGAAACGGAGUCGGGACGAUCGGCGGAUGCCAUCAGUCAAUUUAGUAUAGAGGAUAAUAACAAUACAACGCCAGCAACACCAACAACAACACCAACAGCAACAACACCAACAACAAUCUCACGCACACAGUCACAAGCAUCUCUGGCCACAACACCAACGAACAACAGCAGCAACAACAACAACAACAACAACAACAACAAUGUUCAAAUGGAUAUACAAACGAAUCCAACUUUACCUCACCCCCAAAUGGAUCAUGCCAGUUUUGUUUACAAUUCACUGCGACAUCCCGUCGCUCAUAGGCAGCCAGAAAUCUCAGUGACCAGUUUGCAAAACGAUUUGCGUCCAGUGCGGCAGGCACCGGAGUUGCCGGCCAUUGCCAUGACCAAUCUAAUGACGCGUCGUGCCAUCGAUAAUAUGUCCAACAAUUUGGGACGCCAGCAAUUGGAUAACCGUCAGCAGCAGCAGCGAAGACGACACCAAAUGCAAUUGCAAUUGCAGAUGCAACAGCAACAGCAACAACAACAUCAGCAAAAUAGGCAAUUGAAUGAAGACACCGAUCACACAGACAGCCACAAUCCCUCAGAGAUCUCAGCUCCGUCCACACGACGCAAUUCCGAGGAAGACAACAGUGCAGUUGUGCCGAUGGAACAAAAUGCUGGCAGCGAAGAGGAGGCUCUACCACCGCGUUGGUCCAUGCAGGUGGCACCAAACGGACGGACCUUCUUUAUCGAUCAUGCUGCUAGGCGUACAACAUGGAUCGAUCCACGUAAUGGACGCGCUAGUCCAAUGCCAAAUCAAACACGUCGCGUAGAAGAUGAUCUCGGUCCAUUGCCUGAGGGCUGGGAAGAGCGUGUGCACACAGAUGGGCGUGUCUUCUAUAUCGAUCACAAUACGCGCACCACACAGUGGGAGGAUCCACGUUUGUCCAAUCCAAAUAUCGCUGGUCAAGCUGUACCGUAUUCGAGAGAUUACAAACAGAAAUACGAGUAUUUCAAGAGUCAUAUUAGAAAGCCUACAAAUGUACCAAAUAAAUUUGAAAUACGCAUUCGUCGUACAUCGAUAUUGGAGGAUUCAUACAGAAUUAUUAGUUCGGUAACCAAAACCGAUUUACUAAAGACUAAAUUAUGGGUAGAGUUUGAGGGAGAGACUGGUUUAGAUUACGGUGGCCUUGCUAGAGAAUGGUUCUAUUUACUAUCCAAAGAAAUGUUUAAUCCAUAUUAUGGACUCUUUGAGUACUCGGCUAUGGAUAAUUAUACAUUGCAAAUAAAUAAUGGAAGUGGUUUAUGUAACGAGGAGCACUUAAGUUAUUUCAAAUUCAUUGGUCGCAUUGCUGGCAUGGCUGUUUAUCAUGGCAAAUUGUUGGAUGCCUUCUUUAUACGUCCAUUCUAUAAGAUGAUGCUUCAAAAGCCCAUCGAUCUAAAAGAUAUGGAAUCUGUCGAUACCGAGUAUUACAAUUCAUUGAUGUGGAUCAAGGAGAAUGAUCCGCGCAUUUUGGAGCUAACAUUCUGUCUGGAUGAGGAUGUCUUUGGACAGAAAAGUCAGCAUGAACUGAAAACAGGUGGCGCCAACAUUGAGGUGACAAAUGAGAACAAAGAUGAAUACAUCAAGCUCGUUAUCGAAUGGCGCUUUGUUGCGCGUGUUAAGGAACAAAUGUCUGCCUUUUUGGAUGGCUUUGGUUCCAUUAUACCGUUGAAUUUGAUUAAGAUCUUUGAUGAGCAUGAACUGGAGCUUCUAAUGUGCGGCAUACAGAAUAUCGAUGUAAAGGAUUGGCGUGAGAAUACUCUGUACAAAGGUGACUAUCACAUGAAUCACAUCAUUAUCCAGUGGUUCUGGAGAGCUGUUCUCUCUUUCUCCAAUGAAAUGCGUUCGCGUCUAUUGCAAUUCGUUACGGGCACAUCGCGAGUGCCGAUGAAUGGUUUCAAAGAGCUAUACGGUUCCAAUGGCCCACAAAUGUUUACCAUUGAGAAAUGGGGUACACCCAAUAACUUUCCUAGAGCACACACCUGCUUCAACCGUUUGGAUCUACCUCCCUAUGAGGGCUAUCUGCAGCUCAAGGACAAACUGAUCAAGGCCAUUGAGGGCAGUCAAGGGUUCGCUGGAGUGGAUUAAUAACACUGGCAACUUGGGCGAGGGCAUCAUGGGUGACGGUGAAUGGUUAUUUCUGGAGGUGCAGCAGCAAUUUCAGCAAGAGCAAGUGGAGCGACUGCGGCUGCAGCAACAAACAACAUCACAGCGGCAACAACAACAACAAUAUCAAUAUCGAGGGCAACAAAGAAACCGCAUCUCAUCUAGUUGGAGGUUCACCGCCACCAAAUCGUGUACUUAUUUGUUAGUUUGCUUUUGUAUUAUAAUCAUUUUUGCUAGUA